GCCUCUUCAGUGCGCCUUUUUUGACUCUGCGAGCCACCGUAUCAGUUGACACGGGAUCUCUGAAGCUACAUGACAGUCACAUGACUAAAACAAAUUCAUGUUGCAGUCUACUAUGCUAGCUGCAAUUACUAGGAAGUGUUGUUGGCUUGUUUUAUAAGUUAAAAACGUUUAAAUAAGUGUUUAUUUUUUAUAACUGACAGUUGAGAUGUGUUGGUGAUUUAAGACUCACGAGGCUAGCUCUCUAAAUCUAUGCUCAGCUGUUGUCUCCUCUGGAUUGUGACUGUGUGGAGAAGAACAUCACAGGGAUAAACAUGCCUCAAGCAGCAGCUCUCAUCAGUGGGAUCCAGAGGAUGGUUCUGUAUGAAACCAGAGCCAGGUAUUUUUUGGUUGGGACCAAUCAGGCGCAGUCCAAACACCGAGUCCUGAAGAUUGACCGCACGGAACCCAAGGACCUAGUGAUAAUUGACGAUAAGCAUGUCUACAACCAACAAGAGGUCCGAGAGUUGCUGGGCCGUCUGGACCUGGGCAACCGCACCAAGAUUGGCCAAAAGGGCUCCUCAGGCCUGUCCAGAGCCAUCUCAGCCUUUGGCAUCGUUGGGUUUGUGCGUUUCCUGGAGGGGUACUACAUCGUGUUGAUCACCAAGCGUAGAAAGAUGGCUGACAUCGGGGGCCACUCCAUCUACAAAAUUGAGGAUACAAGCAUGAUCUACAUCCCCAAUGACUCGGUCAGGGUCACACACCCUGAUGAAGCAAGAUAUGUUCGCAUCUUCCAAAAUGUGGACCUAUCCAGCAACUUCUACUUCAGCUACAGCUAUGACCUGAGCCAUUCACUGCAGUACAACCUGACUCUGCUUCAGAGGCCUUAUGAACUGUGGUCAUCUCCAGCUUCCUCCGCUGAGGAGGAGGAGGAGGUGCACACACAGAGCAAGCAGGAUUGCUUCGACAUCUUUGAAGAUGAGGGUUUGCCUACACAAGUGGUUUACGGCCUCCAGAACGAACCGUACUACAAGUACGUGUGGAACGCUAAGCUGCUGGAACGAGUCAAGGACACAGUGCAUCAUGACUGGCUCAUGUAUAUAAUCCAUGGCUUUUGUGGCCAGUCCAAGCUCCUGAUCUACGGGCGACCGGUUUACAUCACCCUGAUUGCCAGACGCUCCAGCAAAUUUGCCGGAACUCGCUUCCUCAAAAGAGGAGCCAACUGUGAGGGAGACGUUGCUAAUGAGGUAGAGACAGAGCAGAUCGUCAAUGAUGCCUCAGUCAUGUCUUUCACAGCAGGAAGUUAUUCGUCAUACGUCCAGGUGCGAGGUUCAGUCCCGCUGUACUGGUCCCAGGACAUUUCAACAAUGAUGCCUAAACCCCCCAUACGACUGGAUCAAGCCGACCCAUACGCCCAUGUAGCUGCCCUCCAUUUUGACCAGAUGCUGCAGCGGUUUGGCUCUCCUAUUAUCAUCCUCAACCUUGUCAAGAAAAGAGAAAAAAGGAAACACGAAAAGAUUCUAAGUGAGGAGCUCUACCCGGCUGUGAUCAACCUGAAUCAGUUUCUCCCUCCAGAGAACUGCAUUGACUACAUCGCCUGGGACAUGGCACGCUACACUAAGAGUAAGCUGUGCAAUGUUCUGGACCGUCUCAGCAUGAUAGCUGAGAAUGUAGUGAAGAGAACUGGUUUCUUCAUCAACCGCUUUGACUUCUACUGUCACACCCUCAGGCCUGACGAAAGGUGGGGAGAUUUAGGCGGACACGUUACAACCAGUGGACAUGUGCAGACAGGUGUGUUGCGGACCAACUGUGUGGAUUGUCUGGAUCGGACAAACACUGCCCAGUUCAUGGUGGGGAAGUGUGCACUGGCCUACCAGCUUUAUGCACUGGGAAUGAUUGACAAGCCCAAACUCCAGUUCGACACCGAUUGUGUUAGGUUGUUUGAGGAGCUGUAUGAGGACCAUGGAGACACUCUCUCCCUGCAGUAUGGUGGCUCCCAGCUGGUUCACAGAGUCAAGACCUACCGCAAGAUCGCUCCCUGGACACAACACUCCAAGGACAUCAUGCAGACACUGUCACGCUACUACAGCAAUGCUUUCUCAGAUGCAGACAGGCAGGACGCCAUCAACCUGUUCCUCCAGGUGUACCAGCCGUCAGAAACCAAACCGCAUCUGUGGGAGCUCCCCACCGACUUCUACCUGCACCAGAGGAACACCAUGGCCCUCCCGCAAGACAGACGCAGCUACACUUUUUGGUGGUCAGAGGGAGUCCUGUCCUACCUUCCUGUGCCCUAUGAUGAAGUCCCCUGUGCUGACAACAUGAAGAAGAUCAAAGUGAAGCGAGCGAACCGCUUCGACGAGAGUAUCGACACCUACACUGAAUUCUUCAAACCGUAUGAACUCACCUCAUUCGAUGACACAUUCUGCAUCGCAAUGACGAACUCUGCAAGGGAAUUUAUGCCAAAGACAGUAGGAGUGGAUCCAAGCCCUUUCACAGUUCGCAAACCAGAAGAAACAGCAAAAUCUGUGCUUGGCAACAAGAGCAACAAAGAGGAGACGUUGCUGCAGAGGAAGACGGCAGCCAGUGCACCUCCUCCCCCCAGCGAGGAAGCCAUUAGCAGCUCCUCGGAGGACGACUCAGAGGAGGACCGCGAUGACGAUGGGUCUGUGUCCCAGCGCUCCACCCCGAUCAAACUGCUAACAGAAUCUGGGGACAUUAAUCGCACACAGGAGGAGAUCCAGCAGCAACAGCAGGCAGUGAAGGAACCGUAUGGACUCAAUCUGGCUGAGUUUCCUGCUGAGGAGGACCUUCACAUUUAUGAAAGGUUUGCACAUUUGGGCCAGAGCCAGCACCGGGUGGAAAGAACUGAACACAUCAACUUGGCAAACAUCAUCUGCUUAGAGCCGGUAUCCUGCUUCCCCGAGGACAGCAUCUACGGCGUUACCCCUCCGCAGGUAGACCGAGACAGCCGUGAUGAGUUCGAGAGCCACGCGAUGACGGGUCAAGGCCAAGGGCGGGUACUCUGCAGGGAGGACAUGUUGAUGUACAGGGAGUACGUCAAAAACAGAUACAUGUGAGACAGAUGACUGUUACUAAAUCAGGAUGAUCUGAUUCAAUCCUGUACAUUUUCAAAGCUUCACGUGGCUUUAAGAGCUUCUUUUAGAGCUGCAACGUAAAGAGAAAUAUGAUUUCUUACAUUAGUAGAAUAAUCAUAUUUGUCUUGAUUAUUUUCUCAGGAGGAGACAGUCUAAAAUACAAACCAUGCUUUUUUUUAGGAAGCUUAGCUGUUGAUUUUUCCAUUGGUGUAUUUUUAUUAGCUUUAUAAGUUGUCAGGUAAUUUCAGUUUUUAAGUUCUUUUCAACAUAUGGCUAACCUUAUUUGUUAUUUUUGGUGCCUUCAAUUAAAUUCAAAUUUUAAUACUUUUUAGAAAGGUAAUUUAACUUUUGUUCAUUUUGGACAUUUUGAACUGAUGUAAAUGUUUUCCACUCUUAAAUAUCAUGAAUCUUAAAUGUGUAAAUCAUUAAUAUGAUGGCAAGCCAAAAGACUAUUGUUGUUUUAAUUUAUAUUUCCCACACAUGCUGUUUUUUUUUUUGUUGUUUGUUUGUUUGUUUUGCUUUAUUGCUUUCCUGUUUUUCUCCUUCUUGUUUCAGAAGCUGUGAUUAAAAUAAAUGUAUUUUUUAUUUCUGAAAAACCAUCUCAAACAUGUUAUGGGAUAAUGUAUAGUUGGUCGGUGGUUAUGCCGAUAGAAUCCAAAGCAUUAUUCGACUAUCAACUGAAUAUAAGAAUAGGUUGACACUAAGUAUUGAUCUAAAGACGAUUUCAUUGAUAUGAAAGAAACAUAAAACAUAUUUAUUCACACAGCUAAAAUACUCCCUUGCUUUAAACAGUUGGUAGCAUUUUUAAGGUAGCACUUAUCAGCUAACUCAUCCACCGAACUAACGUUAGAUUUUUUUUUGUUUUGGGGUUGUUUUUUUUUACACCUUUAUUAUAGAGGAGAGGACAGUGGAUAGUGUAGGAAACUGGGAUAGAGUGGGGGAAUGACAUCAAGAAAGAGGCCGCAGGCUGGAUUCGAACACGUGCCAACCGCUUCAUGGGCGCGCAACUUAAACAUUAGGCUGAGACCUCACCCCUACCGUGAAAUUUAACUUUUCCAUUCUUCGUAAAUUCAAAACGUCAGUGUUUCUCUUUUGGCAUUUUGCACAGCUGCAAAAGACAACAGCACCACCUGCAUGAACUUCUCUUCCCGGUAACUUUCCCAUUUGAAUUUUCUUCUCACUCAACCAGUCCUGUAACACUUCCAAAGCCAGUACUGUGUUGCUGUUUGUAGUUUCUCCAUGUCUGUUUUCUUCAAUUUGAUGGAUGUCUCUUUCACUUGGCUCCUUGUGUGUUUUAACAUCCCUAGCUAAUUUCUAAUUUCGCUGUUUUUACUGUGUCUUGUCUUCUUCUCGGCUCCUGACUGGUCAGCCGUUAACAACUGAUCUAAAGUUUUGUGCUCUCCAAAUAAACAGAUCUGAGUGUAAUGUUAAAAAAUCCCUCCAUGUUUUCUAGCAUAACGUUUAUUUAAGACAAUUAAUGGUAAGAGGGGAAAUAAUAAAAAAGUAGCCUGCACUAGAUACGCUGUAACUCUUCUGCGUGGGUUAAUUUGAUAUGAAGUGAUCAGGUUGUCCCUAGCAUUGCCUUUGGUAUUUAAAUUCAAUUUCUAUUGUUUGGACCAAUCAGAAGCAAGUAUUCAGCACAUCAAGGUGAUAUGUAAGAAAGCCAGGUAAUAAUCCUCAGUACUGUCAUAGAUGUGUUGUCAAUGCAGAUUCAGAUUAAGGUUGUUUUUUUUAGUUUAACAUUUUUCAUUCUUUCUUUGAAAAUAUCAUUGUUAUUGUAAAUAAGAACUAAAGCAGGAUUCUGUUUAUAGAUAAAACACAACACUGAUGCCUUUAUAUUGUCAUUUUUAUCAGAUUAAUACUUUGUUGACAGAAAUGCAGACUCAUUUUCUUUUUUUUAAAUCCAGCUCUGAAACAUCAGCUGAUUAUUGUGUACAGCAUCUUGAAAUUUAACAUUUAUUUAAUAAAGUGAUUUGACGGAUGUUCUCUUCUUU